AUGCCUUUGGGCAAGACUGAAAUGGGUUUUAUUGAUAUCACCACGAGGAUGUUGGUAUUCUGGACACUCCUGAAUGGAGAGCUUGCAAGAUUGCAAGCCCUGCUGAUGAAGGAAGAAUUGAAUUUUCUCUCUAAUGCAACACUAUCGCUGCUGUUCAUUUUUCACUUUGACCGCGUUCUUUCAUGUCAACACCCCCCUCUCCGAGUCCCGUGCCCAGGCUUCUCCAGGCUCUCGCUGGAGAGCCUUGCUGGCAGGAAUCUCCUUUGGCUACUGGGGAAAGGCUGGCUCCAGGCUGCCGGAGAAAAGCAGCAGAGGCUUCAGCACCGCGGACAGAGCCUCCGCCGCGCCGUGAGCGCUGAGGUUUUCCUUGGCCAACUCCAGCCGCGGCGUUCCCAGCUUGAACCUGCCAGCUCGGGCGUGAGGAGGUCGGGGAGGACCGGCCUGCCCUGCUCGCCGCCGGCCCCGGGCGGAUCCCGGAGGGCUGCCCUUUCCAGGCCUGCCCUCCACUUUGUUUUGGUCCCGGCGCGCCACUGCCUCUCAGGCCUGCCGCCUGCUCUGGCCCCUGCUCGCCUUCCCAAGCCCCCAGCGCUGCACCUGCUCCUGGUCACCCGUGUCCGGGACCCGCCACCGGAUCCGCACCCAGCGUGUUCGGCGCCCUGGGGACCCAAGAGGAGCCCCAAACGCCGCAGGAAGCACCCGCCGGGCGCUGGGGGCGCGGAGCCCGGGGCUGAGCCCGGCGCGCCGAGGCGGAGCGCGGAGCGGAGGCAGCAGCCGGGGCGCCGCGGCGUGCGGACCCACCGUGGCCGGCGGCCGGGGCCCGGGGCCCGGGGGCGCCGGAGCCGGCGGGCGGGGAGGGCCCCGGAACUUAGUGGUGAGCGGGGCGCGGAGGAGCCGGCGGCCAGCGGCGGCGGCGGCGGGGGCUCCGAGGCGAUGCGCAGAGCCUGUCUUCCCACCCCACCGAGCAAUAUAUUCGGCGGGCUGGAUGAGAGCCUGCUGGCCCGCGCCGAGGCUCUGGCCGCCGUGGACAUCGUCUCCCAGAGCAAGAGCCACCACCACCACCCGCCCCACCACAGCCCCUUCAAGCCGGACGCCACCUACCACACCAUGAACACCAUCCCGUGCACGUCGGCCGCCUCCUCCUCGUCCGUGCCCAUCUCGCACCCGUCCGCCCUGGCCGGCACCCACCACCACCACCACCACCACCACCACCACCACCACCAGCCGCACCAGGCGCUGGAGGGCGAGCUGCUGGAGCACCUGAGCCCCGGGCUGGCCCUGGGGGCGAUGGCGGGCCCCGACGGCGCGGUGGUGUCCACCCCGGGCCACGCGCCGCACAUGGCCACCAUGAACCCCAUGCACCAGGCCGCCCUGAGCAUGGCGCACGCCCACGGGCUGCCCUCGCACAUGGGCUGCAUGAGCGACGUGGACGCGGACCCGCGGGACCUGGAGGCGUUCGCCGAGCGCUUCAAGCAGCGGCGCAUCAAGCUGGGGGUGACCCAGGCCGACGUGGGCUCGGCGCUGGCCAACCUCAAGAUCCCGGGCGUGGGCUCGCUCAGCCAGAGCACCAUCUGCAGGUUCGAGUCGCUCACGCUCUCGCACAACAACAUGAUUGCGCUCAAGCCCAUCCUGCAGGCGUGGCUGGAGGAGGCCGAGAAGUCCCACCGCGAGAAGCUCACCAAGCCCGAGCUCUUCAACGGCGCCGAGAAGAAGCGCAAGCGCACGUCCAUCGCCGCGCCCGAGAAGCGCUCGCUCGAGGCCUACUUCGCCAUCCAGCCGCGACCCUCGUCCGAGAAGAUCGCGGCCAUCGCCGAGAAGCUCGACCUCAAGAAGAACGUGGUGCGCGUCUGGUUCUGCAACCAGAGGCAGAAGCAGAAGAGGAUGAAGUACUCCGCUGGCAUCUAG